AUGACGGAGACAGCUGUAGAGAAAGGUAAGAAACCUAUGAUAACGCUCGUUACAGGUAACGCCGGCAAACUGCGCGAGGUACAGGCAUGCCUUGCGGGGCACGUCGCGGUGGAGAGUGUCAAGAUGGACCUUCCGGAACUGCAGAGCAAAUCAGUGUUUGAGAUCAGCAGAGAGAAGGCCCUAGUUGCUUACAAAAAUUUGAAUCGUCCAGUACUUGUAGAGGAUACAAUGUUGUGUUUUGAGGCGCUCGGUGGCCUUCCGGGGCCGUAUAUUAAGUGGUUCCUAGACGAAAUAGGGCCCACAGGGCUUAUCAAACUUCUCAAGGGUUUCGAAAGCAAGCGCGCGUACGCCACCUGCGUCUUCACGUACUGUGCAGGACCCGACAUGAUGCUGCAGUUCGAGGGGCGCUGUGACGGUAAAGUAGUGGACACGCCACGUGGCGAGGGCGGCUUCGGCUGGGACUGCAUCUUUGAGCCGGACGAGGGACGUGGGAUGACCUAUGCUGAGAUGCCAAAUGAUGAGAAGAACAAAAUUUCACACCGUGCAAGGGCACUUGUGUCACUGAAGAAGCACUUUUGUCAGUAA